UACAAUGACAUAUUGGGAGGGAAAACACCCCACACAUACUUGGGAGGGAACCUGCAUGUUUACCCUUAAAACCGAGAGAAAACAGCACUUCUAGAUUCAUACAGUUGUUUUAGAUAGUCGUCGCAAGUGAUUUUAGGAAUUUCAUUCUCAAUAUUAACGCCAAAGUUCUACGCACCAAUUUUUUACAUCAGAUUUUCAGCGUGUUAUCUUCGACUUCAAAUAUUGAUGUGACACUGUUGAUCUUUGUCUAGCUUGCGAAAUGAAACCAGUAACAUCAUACGCUUCGACAUCAUACCUUCGCAAUAAACAUCAUCAAGACCACCGGUAGUAGUGAUUCCAGCUAGCAUAGAAGUGGUUUCUAGUCCUGUUUAUUUCAUUUAAUCUGAUCAACAAUUUGGUGCAAAUUUAGUUUCCUACUUAUUUCUCAAUCCCUUUCAUUUUCAUUCGAACAACAACCUAAGCAACACUAGUGAAUAUUAGGCAACACUAAAUAAGCAACAAUAAAUCAUUGAGUAAAGAAAGAGAAGAAAUUAAGUAAGAAUAAGUAGGCAAAGAAAUGUUGGGCAACACCUCGUUGUCCGGUUCAAUACUGGACCGGUCGACGAUGUCUACUAAUAAUAACGGUCACGGCGCAGCAAACUUCCGUAUUCUCAGUGUUUCCGAGCCAGUGCCGGUUGCGAAGAAGGAUGAAGAGGAUUUACGGCUAUCGGCGAUGUAGUAGUAAAUGUGAUAGUAAAAACGACAUACCAUGAGUUCACCUCUGUGUACGGUGAAUCAAAUCCUAUAUUCACCCGAGGAGGCAGGUCAAACUGUGGACGGUGAAUCAAAUCCUAUCCUAUCCUGUCCUAUCUGUGUAAGUUUUGCUUCAAAGUUGGCUGGUAGGCGUCACAACUGAAGUACAUGACCAUGACCAUCAAUCAGGGUGAACCUAGCCCGUAAUCAGGGCGACGCUAGCCCGUCGAGUGCAAUAAGAGUUAUAGAGACGAGUAGUUACACUUCUUCCUCUAUGUUUUUCAAAAAUUUUCAUCUUCACACAGUAGUACUAUCGCUUUCAGAACUUUUUAAAGACACAGUACCUGCCUCACUUAUGUUGGACUCUCCCCACUCUAACAUGCAUCGUCCACACCGAGCACGAGACACGGGAAGUCCAAAUCCUCGCAGACAAUGUGAUUGAGGUGCCAAAGGAGACGAUUGUGGAGAAGAUCGUCGAAAUUCCGGUUGUCGAAACGGUGGAGAAAAUCGUCGAGGAUGUGAUUGAGGUACUUUAAAAAUGUAGUUGAUGCUGACGGAGAGAUUUUACGAUUUUACGAGGUGGUGGUGUGUCCUUGAGCUUCAUUUAUUACUCAUAACUAGAUGAUCUGUACGCGAGUUUUUGCUUUUUACUUAGACUGCAGCAUCGAAAAGAACGCCGUUCUCCACAACAACAAUACUCUCCGCUCUCCACCCUCACAACGCUCGCCCAUCUCACCCUGCUCAAACCUACACCAGAUCCCCGUGAUCAGAUACGAAGAGAAAAUCAUCGAGAAGCCGGUCGAGCGCAUUGUUGAGGUUGAGCGCAUUGUUGAGGUGCCGCAAGUCCAUAGGCGCAUUGUUAGCCGACCUGUCGAGAAGGUUGAGGAAGAAAUCGUGGAGGUUCCUAAAAUCGUCUACGAAGAGGAAAUCGUGGAGGUGCCUCAGACGCGUAGUGUCGUAGUGCCGAAAUACGUGGAGGUACUUAUAAUCUAAAAGGGUUUUUUCUUUUUAUUUACUACGUUCGUUUUCUGUAUCAUGCUGUACGAUGACCUAGAAGCAAGGAAGUAACUAAGAAAGGUUCCCAACAUCGUGAAGAAAGUGUAUCUGCCAGGAUGCCAACAGCAAACCUUGCGGUUUUUGUAGCACGGAUGCAAAAUACGAACUCCAGAAAUCUUUUUAGACACUUUACUGCCCAGGCACUAUCACACACUAUCACACACCGUCUGAGCACUGCCCAGGCAAUAUCACACACUAUCUGAGCACUGCACACACUAUCACACCAGGUUCCCAACAUCGUGAAGAAAGUGGUUGAAAAGAUUAUCGAUGUUGAAGAAGAGGAAAUCGUGGAGAUUCCUAAAGUUACAUUUGAAGAAGAGAUAGUGGAACGUAUGGUUACCGGGAAAAUCCAGUUUGAAACCAAGUACGUCGAGAAGCCGCUUAUCCAGAAAAGACAAAAACGAGUGCCGGUCGAGAAAAUUGUGGAGAAGAUAGUACUGGUUGUUAGACUUCUCUUUUGAUAGUAGAGUUUAGUUGUCGUGGGUGGAAUUUAGUAAUGAACUUGAGGAUGAUGACCGGAGUAAGAAGUUUAGAGGAGUCCUAGCGCAAAGUUUCAAGACUUCAGUUUUCCGUCCUUUAUCCCACUCUUCAGAUCGAAAAGCCAGUCGUGACCAUUCACGAAGAAAUCGUUCAAAGACAAGUGGAGACGACUGAAAUUGUGCCGAAAUAUGUUGAGAAGAUCAUCGAGCGCGUUCAACAACAACCAGUCACGCAGAUUGUCGAGGAGAUUGUUGAGGUACUUCUAUUUGGAUGGUUUUUUGAGUAGGAACGUGGUUACACGAUUUGUUUUUGUAUAGACCGUGUAUCCUCGUUGUAUCACUUCUCAAACUAGGAUUUGUUUCAAAAAAAAUCGACCACAAUUUUUUUACUCCUCGCGUUUUAUAUCUAACUGUACAAGAAGACUUUUACAAUUUAAUAACCUAAACCAGGUCCCCAAAGUCCAGUACGAAGAGGAAAUCAUCGAACGGGAGGUGCCUCAGGUCGGAACUGUGCAAAAGUACGUCGAAGUGCCAGAGAUCCACGAACGUGUGAAGCACGUCUACAAGGACGUCAUCGAAGAGGAGAUUAUCGAGAUCCCGAAGGUCCAGACUGUUUAUGAUCACGACGUGCACAAUAGGCUAUAGUUGUAGAUAGCUGCAGUAGCAUACCAGGUACCAUACCAGGUACACAAAAUCUUGAAAAUCUUACGACGUUUUCUUCAUAUUUUCUCAUUUGUCCUAUCUAAAGCACACUCCCUUACAUCACAUCCUUGACCAGGUAAACCAAGUCUUGCUAGACUUACAACUUCCCUUACAUCACAUCCUUACAACUCACUCACCGACCCUUUCAUCCUUACAUACUCAACUCACUCACUUCCCUUACAUCACAUCCUUUCUAAUCGCCUGAGCGUCUUCUCCAGCGUGAGGUCGAACAGGAGAUCGAGAUCCCGAAGUACGUUGAGGUCGAGAAAAAGCAUGUCCACCACCACCGCCACGUGGUCGAACAGAGACAAAAGACCGUUGAGGUCGUCAAGGAAAAGAUCAUUGAGAAGAUCGUGGAGCGCAAGAAACCACUCAUCCAAGAAAAGAUUAUCCACGUACCCAAAUACGUCGAAGUCGAGAAGAUUGUGGAGGUAAUACGGUUUUUCUGCUUGGAGCAUGCAUAGACAAUAUAAGUAGUUGUUUUUGUUGUUUUCACGAAAGUGCUUUCUCUUGCUACUCCUCUUCAGUUACGUUUCCUCUUCAAUCUCGUGUCCGUUUACAGGAGCUGCUUCUUUUCAAAAAUCCUCGUCUGUUCUCGUCGAAGUGCCAACUGUCAAGGCUUCACUUACCACUUUUCCUCGCUAGGUCGAGAGGCUUGUCGAAGUGCCAACUGUCAAAGAAGUGGAGAAGAUCAUCGAGGUCCCCAAGGUGACGGUUGAAGAGGUCGUGGAAGAAUACGAGGUCAUCAAGAAGGUGCAAAAGUUAGUGGAAGUGGAGAAAAUCGAAAAGAUCAAGAAAUACAUCCACGUUGAGAGUGUGGAGCAAGUGGAGCAGAUUAUUGAGGUACUAUUGAUUUCCUUCUAAGAACCUUGCACAUAUAGUUGUGAUUAUUGAGGUACCAUUGAUUGGUAUGAUUUCCCGAGAACCUUACACGUCCUCGCUGGGGCCGUUCAGUGUAGAUUCGGCAACGGCAACCUAUCCUAUCCUACUUACACAUAUAGUUGCAUUAGAUUGACGACUUGGGUUUAUCUGAAUAUACAACGGUUGCAACCUUUUUCAUUCCAGUUGAGCACUAGAUCGCAUCCUAACAACACGACCGAUUAUGUUGGAGUCCACCCCUCCCAUCAACCCCUCGCCUGCUGACUCCAUACCGAUUAACUCUGCCUCUCCCAUCAACCCCUCACCUCCUCACCCUCAGGUCCCAGGGCCGAUGCAAAUUGUUGAGGAAAUCGUCGAAAAGAAGGUGGCACGAAAGGUCAAGAAGUACGUUGAAGUGCCAACAGUUCAGAAGGUCACGAAAUACGUCGACGUCCCUCAAGACCGCGUCAUCGAAAACGUCAUUGAAGUGCCCAAAAUCCAAUACGAAGACGAGGUUAUCGAGGUACUAUUUUUAAAUACGUUAUUUGGUGAAGUUGAAGAUCAUGAUCCUGCUAGAAGAAUUUUCAAGGUUGUAUCUCUUCAUAGAAGAGCUGCAUCAACAUCAACAUAGUCGAGCAACACUCUAAGAACAUAUUGAAGUAAAGGGCGUUUAUACUUUUCUAUUUCCACAACUCUUCCUCUCAUCACAUCUACAACCUCUCAACAAGGUCCCAGUCGAAAAGAUUGUGGAAAUUAUAAAGGAAGUCCCAAAGAUCGAGAAGCGGCAGAAGUUCGUGGACGUCCCCACAGAGCGCAUUAUUGAGAAAAUUGUGGAAGUGCCGAAGUACGUCGAUAAGAUCGUCGAAGUGCCGGUUAUACAAAAAGUCCAGAAAUUUGUUGAGGUACUAUGUAAUGCUGGUUCGUAUUUGGAAUUUUUGCAUGUUUCUUCAGGGUUUGUUUUUCCUCUGGCUAGUAGCAGCAUCUGUGUCUACUUCACGAUGUUGUCAAAGACCUACGUGAAAUGGGAACAAGGCAGCUCCCUUUCAUUUCCAUUUGAUUAUAUCAUGAUCUUUACCUACUUUUAUUCCAACUAGGUCCCAGUCAUCGAAAAGAUCACGAAGUACGUUGACAAGCCAGUUGAGACACUGACUGAGCAGAUUAUUGAGGUGCCGAAGAUCGAGUAUGUUGACAAGAUCGUUGAAGUACCGCAAGUGCGAAAGUUACGAUUGUGAUUGCUUUCGCAAAUGAUAUUACAGUAAGCAUCUUCCCUUCCACCUAGAAGAAGUAUCGCAAAUGAUAUUACAACCACGAGGACUACACCUCCUACCGCGUCUUUUUACUACCACAUUUCCACAUUUAGCAUGCAGCCUCCUCUACCUCGUCCCAUAUAUCCCACUCCAUAUAUCUCGCUCCAUAUACCCCACUCCAUACAUCCCCCCCCGACUUGUGCAUGUCUCGGCUUCGACUAUAUAUGAAGGCGCCUCUUGUUUAUACGCUCAUCCCUUCACAGGUGAGCCAACUCCCCUCCUCUCCUCACAUAUCCCACUCCACAUACCCCACUCCACCCUCACCUUCAUCUCUUGUAACCAAGUACAUCGAGGUCCCGGAGAUCCGGUAUGUGGACAAGGUCGUCGACGUUCCGAAGAUUGUCACUGUGGAGAAGAUCGUGGAGAUCACCAAGGACUCUCACGAACGCGUCGAUGAGGAGCCUCAGGUCGUCUUCGUCGAAUUCGGAAGGGAAGAGGUCACGGGACCACAACAGUUUGAGAAGGUACUACUACUACUGUCGAGAAUUAUUCUUGAAACAUGCUAGGAGGUGGAACAACAACUCGUCUAGGAUUCACUACCACUACUACUAUGGCACUUAGAAGAUGUAUCCAUGUUUGUAGAUGUAAUUAGAUUUCAAUUUCAAAUGAUCUUCCCCAUUCCCCAACCACAGGUCCACGAAGAAGGUCCUCCUCUUGAGGCUAAGGUUUCUCAUGUCCACCACGAGUGGGACCAACAAUUAAGGUCAGCAUUUAGUGUCCAUCUUUCUCAGCAUCUCAAUGUGUCCUUUUGCUUCCCUUGUAUCCUUUUCUUGGGAACAAGAGAAGGGGCCGAGAUGAGGGAGCCGAGAGGAAUAAGAGCUGACUCUAAAACAAACCGAGGCUCCAGCAAGCUUCUCAAAGAUGUCUCUUCCAAUGCUGCCUAGGGACCAGAUUGAUUUAGCAGCACACCCAGAUGGCUUGAUGGCAUCCAAGUUGGGAUUGAGUUUAUGAUGAAACACAUGUAGGUUCUUAGUUGGAUCUAGGAUAAAUUGACUUCACAAAGCACUAUCGUUUUGUACUUCCUUGGACAUCAAUCUUUACAAUUACAAUCCGUAGAGAAGAGGUAGUGUUGGCCUGUCGUUGUGUGAAGAGUUCAUGAACAAAGAUCAUCCGUAAGAUGCACAGGAUGAUGAAGAUAGUCCAAGCAGAUUUUCGAGAAAUUCGAUUUUCGAGUCAUCUCUAGGCAAAGAGGUUCGUAUCUUGUUACUCUUCUCGAACUAGAAUCAGCAUCUUGGAGCACUCCUCCAGUGCAUUUACCCAGCCCUCUCCUUGGUCUACUCACCAACUGCUCUCCUCCAUCUUCCUAUUUCCUUCUCUCCUCCAUCUACCUCGUUAUAUCUCACUCCUCGUUAUAUUAUCUCACUCCUCGUUAUAUUAUCUCACUCCUCGUUCUUAUAUCUCACUUGACCUUCUCGGAACAGGGGUUAUCUCCUCCCACUCCUCCUCCCACUCCUCCUCUCCUUCAUACUUCGGCACAACUCUCGGUGGUGGAUUGGGCGCAUCAACUCGUGGUUUCGCAUUCGGGGGUCUUCCCGGUAUCACAGGGCUGCAGAGCACCGCUGCUGACGCCAUGACUCGGUCAAGCCUGAAUGUUCAGCCAUUGACAAUUAUGUUGAAGGAGAAAUCACACACUCACAGUGCUCAUUUUCAAAAUCGCGCUCAUUUUAUAUUUCGACAAGGAUUAGAACACUCAAAUGGUUUACAGGGAAGUCUUUUUAGGCAGAUUGCAGAGGAGAUUCACAGCAUCACAAGAAUGAUAGGGCCUAAUAGUAGAUCUGUUGGGACGAGAGUGUGAGUGUGUUUUUUCUCUUCAUAACAAUGCCAGGAAUCUCCUUGGGACCGUUCAUGGGAUUGGGCGCUGAGCCUACUGCCUAAGGACUGUGAUAAUUUAUCCACUUGACUAGACUUCAACAAGUCUAAGCAGUAGUGGUAAAUUGGAAAUUGAGGGUCUCCUGUUGUAUCAGUGACGGCUGUAAGAACUUUAAUAUUACAUCGUGUGAUACAUCGUGUGAUACAUCACGAAAGGACCGAAAAGGGAGAAACAUCUGGACAUUUGUUGUAACAAACUGUAGGAUCCUCAAAAAAUUAGUGGCAAGAACAGAGGUAGUCUAUUCAUUGAAUCAGAUACGUCUAACAAGAUGGUCGUUUGAAUUUUAUUUUUCGUAAAUCAACAAAUAACUAGACGUUUUUCUUCAUAUUAUUUGAUCAAUCUUGAGACAACCUAGGUUAUAAGAUAUCUAACAACACGCAAGAACGAGAGUAUAAAUCCAUGAUGACAGAGAAGGUUAACUGGAAGAGAUGUUGUUGAAGAGCAGCUUACCUGAGGUAAGUAGGUGAGUACUAAUAUUAUUCGGAACACCAGGUAAGCCCGCAGGUAAGCACUAAUGUUUUUUACGUUGUGGUAUAGAAUGUGAACAGGUAUUAAAUGGAUAUCAUGACCGCAUAUCAUUUUUCCUAAAUCGACAAACAUACUUGAUAAAGAUUUCUUUUUUCGACAUAGUUUUGUUAGAUGAUGACAUUGUUUGGAAUUAUGGCUUUUCACGCAUCUUCAGGGAGGAUUUGAAUAUGUCUCAACAUAUGACUGCUAUGUGCGUCCACAAGGGAGCAAUAGCAGCACACAGACGGUGACACGCUUUUUACUAGUCAAGAAGUGUCAACGCAUGCGCAUCUCAGGAAGUGUCAACUGCAUUCCAGAAACAGAAGAACCCGUUGUCAAUUUUCAAAUUGGAUAGCAGGACAAGUGAAUGCGGAGGACGAGGCAACACUCGAGAAACCUAACAACAUCAGCACUUUAUAGAGGGAACUGAUACGAAACUAACCAAUUAGGAACCAGCAGUACUGAUAGGUACUAACAGCCGCAUUGUGUCACGUACAAAGGGAUCAUCAUGGGUGAAGGCCAACAGCAGUUCCUAGGACCCAAGAGAUAUCCUGAAAUAAUCGUGCAGCUGGCCAGAACGAGAGUAAUUCUAAUCAUAAACACAGAGGCUGAGGCGGUGAUCGGUCUAGUGUAGCUUAGGAACUUAGGAACUAGGACGUAGCGCCGCCAGCUCUCUGCCGUAGUAUUAUUUUUUGGCUCUUCAGCAGCCAGUCACGUCUGCCAACCUAACCUCGGGACUAUCGCCAGAAAAUUCCUCAUGAUCUCCUUCCCUCCUCUCCGCUUGAGUAUGCAGGUAAUAGGGUGGAUGGCGGGUCGAAUCCGAAUCCUAAUCCUUCUUCAGAUCAAAUGGAAAUGAUCUCCCGCGUCCUCGAGAUCAAGCGAUGUCACCUGGUCGUGCGGCUGCUUCUUCGACACAGUAGGACCCUGCCGCGGCUGCUUCCACACCAAACAGUUUUCCAGUCGGAGAGCGCCGCAGGCCCACCCUGGCUUUCAAAGCAAGCGUGCGUUUGCAUUAGAAGACCUUUUGAUUCUCGACUUGAACAGUCGCCUCGAGUGUGAGGUGAAGCGUCUGCAAGCGGAUAUCCUGUGCAAUGUUUUUGUUUCUGGGGAAGUGGACCCAAAAGAAGCCGCACUUUUAUGUGGAGGUGAAAAACAAUAUAGUUCUUGGGAUCCUUCCUCGCGGAAAAAGUUUGAGAUUAAACCAGAUUUGAGAUCAGAUUGGGACCGACUGCGUAACUCAUCUACAGCGUUGCAGCUGUAUGUUGCAAGCUGCACGCCUCCGGAAGUCGAGCAGCCUCAGGAAGUUGGACUAGAUACUCCUGAGCCAAGCCCCCAAAACUGUAUUCAUAGCGAUUUUCUUAAUCAACAAGAACGCAGUUUCUCAAAUGAAACGACUUCGCCGGAACCUUUUAUUAUGGGGGACCACCCAGCUAUUCCGGUUCAAGCAGCUAUGCCGGUUCAAGCAGCUACGCAGCAGCCUACUGCGGCGCCAUUGCCACUGCUGUUUUGUGCCGAUGCCGGGGGUUGGAUAGGUAAAUCAAUCAAUCAAUCAAGAGUAUCCCAGUACGACAUGAAUCGGGGUUGGAUGGGGACAGUACGACUUGUCCUGUAACAUGGACGCGUGAGCGUAUUCAAUCACAUCAGGGUCUACGGGGUUACAAGUAUUCUAAUGACAUAACAUAACAUCAUCUAACAUAACACCUAAAACAUAAAACUUGUAGAGGUAUGCGUGUGAGGGUGAACACUUAUUCUGUGACGUUUUUCGCUAUCUAAUAAUAGAAAAAAUGAAAUAGCCCUUCCGCUGCACAUUGCAACGCAUUCUUGAUUCUAAGAUAGAAUCGUUGAUGCAGAGGUCAUAUUAGGGGCUCCUGAUAACUUUGUACAUCAGGCUAUAGAUUGAGUCGUGAUGGGUUUAACUAUUAUCUCGCAUGGAACUGUUGCUGUGUCGCGCUGUCCACAAGCCCAGUUACCGACAGCUAACCAUAUAUCAGCAUCUGUAAUUGCCAAGAUAAGAGACCCUGCAAGAAAAUAUAGGAAAAACUCGUAGAAGGAUCAUGGACUUCCUUGUCGUGCAUAUAUAUCUAAAACAACUUCUUCUAUGAAUGUUUUUCGAUGAUAAAGAUCUUCCUCGUUGAGUCAUUGAUGGAUUCAGGGACUGAUGGACUCCAUCAUCUUUCAAUCAAAGAAAUUCCAUUGAUGGACUCCAUUGAUGACCUACUCAUAUCAUCUUUCAAU